GACGUCAAACUCCUGCGACGGAACUUACCACGUGGGAAGGAUUUAGCUGUGUCGAUGAGGUAAACAACCGCAGUGUAGCUUGGCUGUAUUUAUCCAAUAAAAUAUAUAUUUCCAUUUCAUUUUGAACAAGCCUUAAGUUUUUGCUUUGUAAAGCGGUUCUCUCUAGACCAUGCCCUACAACCCCGAUCAUCCUCCGGCGAAGAAAUUUAAGCCGGGGUCUCCUUUUUUCCGUCUCGACAAGAAGCCUGGGAUGCUGCUACCUAGAAAGGAAAAUGCAUCGGUGCCAAUAGACGUGCAAAGGAAAAAUCUUCCCAUUUACCAGGCGAAGUCUCAACUCAUGAACCAACUUAGACAGCUUCAUAAUGCUGUAUUGAUAGGUGAGACGGGUUCUGGGAAGACCACUCAGAUUCCUCAGUACCUGUAUGAAGCUGGCAUCGCGCGACAGGGCAUCGUCGCUGUGACACAACCCCGCCGAGUGGCAGCUAUCUCCCUGGCAACGAGGGUAGCAGAGGAGAAGAGAACUCAGCUGGGGAAGCUGGUCGGCUACACGGUGCGAUUUGAGGAUGUCACCUCCUCGGAGACGAAGCUGAAGUUCAUGACAGAUGGUAUGCUCCUGCGUGAGGCCAUAGGAGACCCCUUACUGCUACGCUACACCGUGGUGGUGCUGGAUGAGGCCCACGAGCGCACUGUGCACACUGACGUGCUUUUCGGAGUGGUGAAGGCUGCCCAGCGCAAACGCAGAGAACAGAACAAGGUCCCCCUCAAGGUGAUUGUGAUGUCAGCCACCAUGGAUGUGGACCUGUUCUCUCAGUACUUCAACAAGUCCCCUGUGCUGUACCUGGAGGGCAGGCAGCACCCCAUCCAGAUGUACUACACCAAGCAGCCCCAGUCGGACUACCUGCAGGCUGCCCUGGUCUCAGUCUUCCAGAUCCAUCAGGAAGCCCCUGCGUCACAUGACAUCCUGGUGUUCAUGACAGGACAGGAGGAGAUAGAGGCGCUGGCUCGUACCUGCCGUGACAUCGCCAAGCACCUCCCUGACAGCUGUGGUCCCAUGACUGUCAUCCCUCUGUACGCCUCCCUACCCCCUGCUCAGCAGCUCAGGGUCUUUCAGCCUGCCCCUAAGGGUUGUAGGAAGGUAAUCCUGUCAACCAACAUUGCAGAGACGUCGAUCACCAUCUCGGGGAUCAAAUACGUCAUUGACACAGGCAUGGUGAAAGCAAAACGCUUCAACCCAGAGAGCGGUCUGGAGGUGUUGGCAGUACAGCGGGUAUCUAAAGCCCAGGCGUGGCAGAGGGCGGGCAGGGCUGGCAGAGAGGACGCCGGCUCUGUCUACCGUCUCUACACCGAGGAUGAGUUUGACAACCUCAUCCCCAUGACCGUGCCUGAGAUACAAAGGUGUAACCUGGCCAGUGUCAUGCUACAGCUUCUGGCGCUGGGGAUUCCUGACGUGAUGAACUUUGACUUCAUGUCUAAGCCUUCUCCUGAGGCGAUGCGUUCGGCUGUGGAGCAGCUUGAUCUGCUCGGGGCUGUAGGGAGGAAAGGUGAGCAGGUCACCCUCACUCCUUUGGGCAAGAAGAUGGCCAGCUUCCCCCUGGAGCCACGCUAUGCCAAGACCAUCUUACUGUCACCAGACUUCCAGUGUUCCGAGGAGGUGCUGACCAUCGUGUCUCUGCUGUCAGUGGACUCGGUGCUCUACAACCCGCCCGCACGCCGAGAGGAGUGCCUCGCCGCACGCAAGAAGUUCACCACCAGCGAGGGAGAUCACUUGACCCUGCUCAACAUCUACAGAGCCUUCAAGAAAGUAAACGCCAACAAGGAGUGGUGUCGGGAGAACUUUGUCAACAGCAGGAACAUGAGCAUGGUUGGAGAGGUCCGUGCACAGCUCCGAGAGAUCUGCCUUAAGCUGAGCAUGAAGCUGGAGUCGUGUGGGUCAGACACGGGGAGCGUGCGUCGCUGCCUGGCCCACGGUCUGUUUGUGAACGCUGCAGAGCUACAGCCAGAUGGCAGCUACACGGCCCUGGAUACCCACCAGCCUGUUGCCAUCCACCCCUCCUCUGUCCUCUUCCAGGCCAAGCCUGCCUACGUGGUCUUCAACGAGCUCCUGCACACCUCAAAGUGCUACAUGAGGGACCUGUGUCUGGUGGAUGCUGAUUGGCUGGUCGAGGCCGCGCCUGAGUACUUCCGCCGGAAGUUACGCCCCACCAAGAGCUAGCCUCUGAUUGGACAGAACUCGGGGGUGAUAAGAGACUACAGCAGAACCAAAGCUCCCUGAGCAGUGACACACCUGCCCCACCUCUCCCUCAGUGUCAAUAGAAACUGGAUGGAGGCAUGAUGGGAAGAACAUCUUUCUACUCUUUCCUGUUUGCUGAAUCGCUCGUUUUUGUUUACACAAAGAUUCGUCAGUUGUGUGUGUGUGUGUGUGUGUGUGUGUGUGUGUGUGUGUGUGUGUGUGUGUGUGUGUGUGUGUGUGUGUGUGUGUGUGUGUGUGUGUGUGUGUGUGUGUGUGUGUGUGUGUGUGUGUGUGUGUGUGUGUGUGUGUGUGCCAGUCGAAGACAGAACAUUUAGCAUUUGGUUUGGCAGCGUUCAGACAAGCAGCCCAAUUCUAAACUUUUUUUUAUUUUUACUAAUUGAUCUUUUGAAUAAUCAGAUCCGCUCUGAAACAUAUUUGAUGUGAUUGGUUAAUAAGAGCAAUUAGUGUGGGGGAGGGGGGGGGAUCAGAAUUGGGCUGCCUGUCUAAAUUCAGCCAAGUAGAGGGAGGUCUGAGUGAGGGUUCUUCUCUGGGUUCUUUUUCCUAGUCAUGGGAAAGUAGAGGGAGGUCUGAGUGAGGGUUCUUCUCUGGGUUCUUUUUCCUAGUCAUGGGAAAGUAGAGGGAGGUCUGAGUGAGGGUUCUUCUCUGGGUUCUUUUUCCUAGUCAUGGGAAAGUAGAGGGAGGUCUGAGUGAGGGUUCUUCUCUGGGUUCUUCUUCCUAGUCAUGGGAAAGCGGCCCUGUUUUAUUACAGCAGACGUCUGCUGAACCAUAGAAGAGAGAGAUCCCCCUGGCCUAGAACGUUACUAUGGUUACGAACUAACGUUCCCGUUACUAUGGUUACGAACCGACCUUCUCGUUCUUCAUUCUACUCUCCUCUACCUGUUGGCUAAUCGUUGCCUGUUGCCACAUAUUUGCUUCACAACCAGAAAUGAGGUUUCAUCAUGAUUUGAGUUAAAACACUGAUUCUAAAUAUCUGCAUGUUUCAUAGCAACAUAGAUUUAACCCACAGAAGUGGGAUGGCAUGGUUAUUCCUUCAAACAAAUAUAUUCAACAACUGACUUGAAUUGGCUGUUCAUAUUUAAAUUCUGGCCCCUGGUCUAACUUAUUGGCUGUUUGUCACUUGCUUAAAAAACAGGGGACACAUAUAACAUCAAUGCCAUUCCAUGUACAUAAUAUUUUCUGUUGAAAAAUAUAGAUAUAUCACAGGAUUGAAUUAGAUAUAUAAGCAGCAGUUUACAUAAACACUUGGGCAUAGAGGUUGACUUUUUGUCUUCAUUGAGUUUAGUCACACACAUCUACAUCAACUACCAGGGAAAUAAGUCAUAUUGCUGACUAAAAAUGACUCAUUUUAUCAUUUGUCCUAAAAGGAUACCAAGACAUCUGUCCACAUCAUUUGAGGUGGGCGGUCAUAGUGUGGCAGGUGUGUGUGUGUGUCUGGCUGGGUAAAUACAUUAUGGCAUCUGUCAGUUGAGGUCAGUUCUGUCAGUUCAUUCUGUCAGUUCAUCUGUCAGUUCAUUAACUGAUAAGAGAAUUAUGUUCUCCAGGUACAUCACCCAAUUGAAUUAUAUUACUCUGUCUGCAAACCAGAAUUUGUAAGAUCCUGGUCGAAUGAAACAGACGGAGGCCCAGCUAAAUAGUCAAAGGUUUUGGGGCGGCAGGGUAGCCUAGUGGUUAGAGCGUUGGACUAGUAACCGGAAGGUUGCAAGUUCAAACCCCCGAACUGACAAGUUACAAAUCUGUCGUUCUGUCCCUGAACAGGCAGUUAACCCACUGUUCCUAGGCCGUCAUUGAAAAUAAGAAUUUGUUCUUGCCUGGUUCAAUAAAGGUUAAAAAAAUAUUUAAAAAAUUCACGGAACGUUCUGAAUACAAAUCAAUUCAUUUUAUACUGACUUCUCACGCCCACACAUGCACACACUGUCUGUCUCACUACCCAGCCGACAGAGAUAGUGACCUUGUCCUUGAGACAUUCUCUCCCAAAUCUCUAGUCAGGUCGUCACCAAGCUCAGACAGUCUGUUUAAAAUACCAUAAAGACAUAUUGCUUUACCCUAAUUCUGACUAGAACUACACAUGUACUGAUUAUGAUUUUAUACAUUCUAAUCAAUUCCAUACAAUUAUAUGUUUCAGGGCGGGAAAUUCUAAUCGUUCAAUUAACAGACAAUUCUCACCUAUCAAUAACAAAUGCCUGCUUUUUCAAAAUCUGUUCACUCACUAUUACCUGAUGCAUGCUCCUGCUGCAGUAACUUACAGUACGUAACUGGCAACUCCAGAGACCGAUGCAGUGACCCUCUGGGUAAAUGGACUUCAAAUCUUAUUGUGAAGUUGGUCACAUCAGUUAUCCUGUUUAAAUGCGGAGCACUGUUGCACAAAUUCAUGCUAAACCAUGUCAAGUAGGUGUACUCGUACAUUGAUCAUGCAAUGCAUGGAGAUUAUAUAGUAGGAUUUGAUUACUCAGGUCUUUGAUACACUUGUAAAAUGUCUCGAAUGGUAUGAAAUGGAUUGUAUCUAUUCGCUCUUCUCUUUUUGUAUUGUUGUUCAGAGCAACCGGAGGAUUUGAAGCUGAAGCGGCGGGAUUUGAAGCGGCGGGAUUUGAACAGGGUGUCUGUUGUGUUGACAUGGCAUUCUUCACCCAUCGAUCUUUCUAUUGAAAAAAUAAAUAAAUAAAUACGGAAAUAAUAUUGUCUUUAAACUAAAUGAAUGCCACAUUUAGAUCUUGAAGGUCAUCUUAACAUGUGAUUCCUAAAAUAUUUCUUAUGGGGAAUAUUAUAACACAGAUCAAGAAAGUCCCAAAACAAGAUUGAUUGUUUAAAUGGGUGGUAUAGGUUUACAGGAUAACCAAUAGUCAUAUGUUUGAUUGAAACGUCAUUGUUGACUGAAAUAUUUGUGUUGUUUCAUUGGAUGAUAAACAAUCUGACCUGAGUGUGUUGAAAGUCAAACGAUUAUAGUGGCGGAUAUGACAGGGUGACUUUAUAUUAUAUAUGCUGGUUAAUUAUAUCCACUAGUGUUUUUCUAAUAAAUAAAACAACUUUGCCUCA